ACGGUUUGGGGAGGUUGCUCCUUCACUCCCUCAAAUCACUUCGGAUUUUGGAAAUCAGCAGAGAAAAGAGGCAGCAAGAGCUCCAGAGGGAAGUCGAGGAAGCGAGAGACCGGUCAGAGAGAGAGCGCGCUGGCGAGCGAGCAGAGAGAAGGACAGGGGCAAAGUGACUGACCUGCUUUUGGGGGUGACCGUCAGAGCGCGGCGUGAGCCCUCCCCCUUGGGAUCUUGCAUCGGACCAGUCGCGCUGACGGAUAGACAGACAGACACCGCCCCCAGCCCCAGCGCCCACCUCCUCGCCGGCGGGCUGCCGACGGUGGACGCGGCGGCGAGCCGCGAGCAGGAGCCGAAGCCCGCGCCCGGAGGCGGGGUGGAGGGGGUCGGGGCUCGCGGGAUUGCACUGAAACUUUUCGUCCAACUUCUGGGCUCUUCUCGCUCGGGAGUAGCCGUGGUCUGCGCCGGAGGAGGCAAACCGAUCGGAGCUGGGGGAAGUGCUAGCUCGGGCCUGGAGAAGCCGGGGCCCGAGAAGAGAGAGGAGGAAGAUAAGGAAGAGGAGAGGGGGCCGCAGUGGGCGCUCGGCUCGCGGGAGCCGGGCUCAUGGACGGGUGAGGCGGCCGUGUGCGCAGACAGUGCUCCAGCCGCGCGCGCGCCCCAGGCCCCGGCCCGGGCCUCGGUUCCAGAAGGGAGAGGAGCCCGCCAAGGCGCGCAAGAGAGCGGGCUGCCUCGCAGUCCGAGCCGGAGAGGGAGCGCGAGCCGCGCCGGCCCCGGACGGGCCUCCGAAACCAUGAACUUUCUGCUCUCUUGGGUGCACUGGACCCUGGCUCUACUGCUGUACCUCCACCAUGCCAAGUGGUCCCAGGCUGCACCCACGACAGAAGGAGAGCAGAAAGCCCACGAAGUGGUGAAGUUCAUGGACGUCUACAAGCGCAGCUACUGCCGUCCGAUUGAGACCCUGGUGGACAUCUUCCAGGAGUACCCUGAUGAGAUAGAGUAUAUCUUCAAGCCGUCCUGUGUGCCCCUAAUGAGGUGCGGGGGCUGCUGUAACGACGAGGCUCUGGAGUGUGUGCCCACCUCGGAGAGCAACAUCACCAUGCAGGUAGGUGCCUGUGGCGUAGGGGACGGACGGACGGGGUGCAGGAGGGCAAGGUGGGACAUGGAGGGGCAUUAG